AUGCUGUCGUCCAGACUAACGCGAAGCGGCAACCACUGGAAUGCGCCGACGGAUUCGGAUAUUGGCCCAGACACGCCCUCCUGCCUUCAUCUCGCCUCAACCACUUACUUCCUUACUUUAUCUCUCACGUCUGCGCAAGGGCAAUCUCUUUACUCUAACCCUUGGCCGUGGGAAUUAAUCAGUCGCACUAAUGAUCUGAACGAUCCGCGCCUUUCCCUUCGUCGUCCAGCAUCGCAGCGCUGGUCUCUGCCCGCCAUGCAGUUCGCAUUGCCGCCGCGGCGAAGUCCUGCGCCUCCGUACGCUCAUACCUCGCGCUUCCCACGAUACCGCAGAAAGCAACUCAAAACAGCUGCUGUGUUUGCCUUCGCAGUAUUCACAAUCCUCUACCUGCUGUCGCAUCUUUUUGCCUCGAGCUCUCCGUCUGUGCUUGCGCCGGCCGAUACGUCAAGCGUGGUGAUCGUCACGGUGAUCGACCGCGAACAGCUGAGCGAGAGCUACAUUGAAAAAAUCGUGGAAAACAGAGAGGACUAUGCCAAACGACAUGGCUACGCUACCUUCUUCACCAGCACAUCCGACUACGCCGACGCAAUAAACGACGCCCCCCAGACCUGGGCCGUCGCGCCGGCCCUCCGCCACGCAAUGGCGACAUAUCCGCACUCGACAUACUUCUUCCACCUCAGCCCGCACGCCCUCAUCAUGAACCCUUCCAAAUCCCUCAAGUCCCAUCUGCUGGACAAGACCCGCCUCGAGUCGCUGAUGCUCAAGGAUCUCCCCGUGGUGCCGCCAGAUAGCAUCAUCAAGACGUUCUCGCAUCUCAAAGCAAAUGACGUGGAUCUCAUUAUGACUCAGGAUAGCGAGGAUAUCAGCCCCGGCAGCUUUGUGCUCCGCCAGGGCGACUUCGCGCGCUUCUUUCUGGAUCUCUGGUUUGAUCCGCUGUAUCGGAGUUAUAUGUUUGCGAAGGCGGAGACGCAUGGUUUGGAUCAUAUUGCCCAGUGGCAUCCCACCAUUCUCGCACGCCUCGCAAUGGUCCCUCAGCGCAUCCUGAAUUCAUAUAGCAAAGACUCGCCGUCCGCUGGGGCGGAUGGCACAUAUCAAGACGGCGACUUUGUGAUUCGGUUCCAUCUAUGUGAGAACAUGCAGGGCCGCGACUGCGAGGAUGAGAUCGAGCCUUAUUAUAACCUGUGGCAGAAGAAGGCGAAGAGCGAAUAG